AUGAAACGAAAAAGAAGCGACCUAGAUGUGAUGGAUAUUUCACCAGCAACAUCUCCAACUCCAGAUUCUUCAGAUAUCGAUAUGAUGGUUGAGAAGCAGUCUAUAGAAACUACAGAUCUAUGUUCCAAUAGACCUCAGCUACCACUACGAAUACGGCAGGGUUUCAGGCUUGUAGGUAAUUCCGCUAGCAGUUUAAGUAGCUCAUUAAACACAAUUUCAAAUGACCAAAGUUUGAAACAGUCAUCAGCACUGAAUACUCAUGUCAGUAUCUUUAAUGUCAGCACAAGCCUAGAUUCAGCUACGUCUUCAUUCAAAAUUCCAUCUUCCUGUAUAUCCAUGUCAAACUCCAAACGCCUCAAAUCUGAACAGUCGUUAGUAAAAGCAAAAAGUCUGGAACCCUGUUUAGAAUCAUCCUCAUUACUACAGCGAAGCUCUGGUUUCAUGAUUGCGUCUAUUGGAUCUGACGCAUCUGAUGCUACCAACACUUCAAACUUGGCUGAGAUUCAACGACCACCUCUUCAGACAAUCUCCAUUCCCACAGACACGACAAUGGAAAAUACAGAAUUUAACAAUCAUGUAUCCAACCACGUCAAGCUGCCACCAAGUCAAAUCGCUGCUGUUCGCUUGGUAGCAUUAGAAUUAGAUCUCGACUCUGAAACACUUGCUCAAACUGGACGGAUACUGGAGACAAGGUACCAGAGUUUGCAAUCUACAUCCAUAAACAAGGCACACAAGGAUAUUAUCUGGAGUGUGCUUGCAGUAUGGAUCGCAGACAAGUGUAUAUCAAACAAGCAUUCAUUCACUUUAUCAAGAAUGGUGCGAGUGAUUGGCAAGCAUCUGCCCUAUACUAGUGGUCAAGAAUUUGUGGUAAAUGGUGGACUAGGAAAGCUAAUUGAAGAGCUCAGUGAUCUUAUCACAUCCUUUCCACCACAUCUAAUCAAUAGAGAUGUACAUUUACAAUUAAAACGCUGUGUUUUUGCAACAAUGGACACACACAACCGCACUUUAAUCAUUUUUAAAAUGCUUGAUAAAGUACUGGACUAUAUUCUAUGUCGAUCAUCCAAUCAGACUAUUAUGUCGCACAUAAGAUUUAUGCGUCGGUUUGCUUGGACGCUUUUUUUGUAUAUUCGAGAUGUAAUGUAUCCAGAAGGAGUCCUGGAACAGGCUGACAAGGCUCUAUGUGUUUUAUUUUCAUUGUUUUUUGCAAGUCAAAUUCCAUUUAAUCUUUGCAAACCAUUCGACGAAAUCAUGUCAUCCAUGGGUCAUGCUUCUUUAGAGCACACCGGCAUGACACUUUUUGACGGCUUUCGUAUAUUCUCUACAGCGCUCAUUGCAAAUUUUCAAGUAUUGGAGGAUCAAGUCAAUCUUUUAAUAGUAAACUUUACUCACGCAUUAGAAACAUGCACAAGAAAUGGAUGCCUCAAAAGUGAUACGACUUAUUCUAAAAAAGAUACAUUUCCCUGGUGUAUUUAUGUUCGAGCAUUUCAAAUUGAGCGAGGUUUACUUCUCAGUAAUCUUGAGGAUGCAACACGACUUGUUGAUAGCAUGUUUGUUCGAAAUCGAUACGAAAUCGAUCCAAUGUUAUACCUUCACAGCCAAGAUAUUGUAAAAACCACACCCAUGAGAUUUGAUCGUACUCCGAGAAGCACAACAAAAGGACUGUGUGCGGGUGCCAGAUCACUCAAGAGCGCUUUUUCUGCUUCGUCUGGGUUGAAUAAUAUCAUGGCAGGAACACCUUUGACGGCCAAGACUGUGCUACAAUCUGUCAGAAGAAGAGUUUUAGCACCAUGCAUAGAAAUCUCGUCCGUGACACACAGGUUGAAUGAAUUUGUCUCAAACUAUCCUGAAUGCCCGUACGAUUGCUUGAGUCGGCUGCCAGCUUUGGAAAAUGCAAGUGCAUCGGUAAUUCAACGAGCCAAAGCAUCGUUGGAAACGUUUCAAUCGCGGGUUCCGAAUUUUGACCAUGCAUGGUUGCUUGGUGCACGUCUUUAUGCUGCCCUAGCUAGCGAUAUUGCCAAGAAAGGGUGUUCUCGACCCUACGAGUCACAGGCACGUCUAGCAUCUGAUAGUCAAUUCCAUCGUGCCAUGAUGGCUGUAGCUUACGAAAUGGUGCGCGAAACGUUUAAUAUAUCUACCAAGACACAAAAUAUUUUGGAUGGUUUAGAUAUCCAUGUGGUUGACCUUGCAUUGGGAAUUGAUUUGGUUGUCAAAACACAUGUUUGGAUACCUGACUCAUUGGUAAAAAGACUAAAACAGAUCGAGGAACGAUUGCUUGAAACAGACAUAUGGUCAUCAACUGAAUUCCGAAACUGGUUUAUAUAUUCUACCGGCACAUCUACUUUUUCUAAAGCAUCGAAUAUAGCAUCCCCUUGUCGAGCAUCUACCUCACCACCCAUAUUGUCUGAACUGUGUAUGCUUUAUUCGGAUAUUAUGCCAGACGAUGUUGUGCAUGAUUUAUUUAAAGGAAUGCCACAAUCAAUGAGUUUUCAGUACAUUCAAAUUCAGCUCAAACCCUUCCAGGUUAUUUUUGGAAAAAUUCUUAAAUUGGCAUAUACCAGGUUUGUUCAGUUAACAAAGGCAAUGCGAUUACAGACGCAUAUAGUCAACAUGGCAUGGAGACUUUUCGACGCACUAAUUUGCAACGAAACACAUCUGCAGUUGUUAUUGAAUCGACAUUUGGAUACCAUUAUGAUCACCUGUAUAUUCACGUAUUGUCGUUUUGAAAACACACCAGUGACUUUCAGGGAACUUCUUGAAAGCUACAAUCUUCAGCCCCAAUUUAUGGAUUCUGUUUUUACACAGGUUUAUAUGGAGGGUGAAGAGCGUGGAUGUGAUAUCGUCAAGUUUUACAACAAAGUCUUUGUUCCUUGCAUCAAAUCGCUUUUGCCUGUGCUAACCCCGCUACGAAACGAGGCAGUGAUAAAUGAAUCCAUACCUGGUCGAGAUGCAGUGAAACGCGAAACGACACCUGCAAAUAGCGCAAUUGAUGCAAAUUCAAUCGCAUUGCUAUGCCAGCAAACAGCAAUAGAAAGAUUAGCUCAACAGCAACAAGAGCAACAGUCUUUACAGUCUUCGCCUCUUCGACAUGAACAGUCAAUGUCGCAUGGUGGAUUAUAUAAACCAAUGAGGCGAUCGCAUAUGUCCAAUCUGUCAUCGUUCUCACCCAAGAAUUGUAGUUCAGUGGCUUCGCCUAGUAAAUCCACUUUAAUGACACCCAUGACCAAAAAGUUGGUAAGUCUUGGAGAAAGUCCAUUUAGGCCAAGCUCUCCUACGGGUAUACCAGCCUCAGCAAGUCGUAGAUUAGCAUUGUCCAAAAUUAGAUCACAAUCGCUGCCCUAUUCAGUAUAUACUGCUCUCUCUCCUCGACCCACAUAA